AUGAGUUCCUUCUCGAGCACUUUCUGGUCGCCGGACUAUGCAGCUGGUCUUGGAGUACUCUUUGGAAAGCUGCAACAAGGCGUGCAAGAGAAUGACCAGAUACUUACCAUUGCGCGCAUGCGCGCAGAUGCGGAGGAUCUGUAUGGGCAGAAGCUCGGAGACAUUGAAACAGCCACAAACAGGAUAGACGGAGGCUUUCAGAGGGACGACGGAGCGAGCGUCAAGAAGGCAUACGAGGGAGUGCGCUCUGAGAUGACACAGGCGGCGGGAAACCACCGAAAGAUUGCAUCCAAUAUUCGCGAGCUUGUCGUGAAUCCGUUCGGCCGCUGGUGUGAUCAGCAUGCAGCGAGGGUACAGAACAGUCAGGAUGAUCUCCAGGGACGCAUAAAGGCACAUGACCGACAGGCAGAAACAGUGCGACAGUAUCGCAGUGCAUACUACAACAAAUGUCGGAGGGUUGAAGAUCUGGACGAAGAAGAGAAGCUGGCCUUUCAAGACCCAGGUGCUGCGGCUGCUACAGGCUCUCCUAAGAAUGCUCCACAGACAGUGCCCAGCAUCAAGGUCGAAGAGGAAGAGCCAGAACCCGAGCCUGUCGAGAUUGGUGACAAGACAUACAUGCCCGACCAGCUCAAGAAGAUCCUGACGCACGUACUGGACAACAUUCGGCUUGGGGAGUACAAGGUGCCUAUCAUAGGUACUUAUCAGAAUGUGACGACUGGUGCCGAGAUAGUGGACUAUAUUCAAAACCACCUGCAGGCAAACAGCGUUGCAUACGCAGAGCAGAUUGGACAGGACCUUGUUAACAACGGCUUCCUGAGGUUGAUCGGAAAUGUUGGCAGUAACUUUGCCAACAGUAGCAAGAUGCAGUACCAGUGGCGACCAAAGGUGUUCCAGCUUACAGGCAUACCAGAGAAGCGACCAGGGCUACUGAACCGCACCUCAACAAUCAUGUCGCAAAGCUCGGACAGCUCAGUAUCAGGCACUCCUGUCAUAGGAGACAAGGUGUCGGAGUACCUCGGAGGCUGGAAUCCACUGAAUAACGCACAUCCCAACGAGACCCCAGCCGAGAGACUGCGAAGGGAAGCGCGGGAAGCGGACGAAAGAUACAAAGCUGCAGUGAAGAAACUUGACGGAAUGCGCUGCAGCUUGGAGGAGGCCAUGAUUGAUCACAUGAAGUUCAUGGAACGUUGUGAACUUGACCGUCUGAAGGCGAUCAAGAGUGUCAUUCUCGACUUCAGCGGCGCUGUCAGCAACGUGAUACCUUCCUUGCAGUCAACCGUUGACAACAUGAUGCUCUUCCAGGAAACCGUCCAGCCACUGAGUGACCUGCGGUACACACUGGAGAACUACAAGACUGGCAGCUUCCUACCAAAGGUCACGGUCUACGAGAACUACUACAACACGAAUGACGAGCAGACGUUCGGUGUCGACAUUGAGGCGCGAGCACGGACCGACAGGAAACGCGUGCCCCUGAUCAUUACCACAAUCUUGACAUUUAUGGACUCGCACUACCCGGAUCUGGAGGGCGACGAAGCGAGACGCAAUGUCUGGCUUGUAGACGUUCCGCUCGGCGCAACACACCAUCUUCGAAACCAGAUCAAUACCGGCAAACGCGUGGAGCAGGCGUUGCUUGAAAAGUACGAGGUGCCCAUUGUGGCAUCCGUACUCAAGCUGUACCUGCUGGAGCUGCCCGACAGCCUCGUGAGCUCGCAUGUAUACGAGAUCAUCAAGACUGUCUACACAACCACUUCUCAAUCGGCAUCGGAAAGCGCCCGGAUUCAAGUCAUCCAGUCGACUCUUGGACAGCUCCGUCUUGCAAACAUCGCCACCUUGGAUGCUUUGACCACACACUUCACCAGACUCAUUGAAUUGGCCAGCGCGGACGACGAGUAUGUCGCAAAGCUAGCUGCGACGAUGGCGCCGUGCAUCAUGCGACCGAAGCAGGAAACUGGCCUCAGCAUGAAUGAGAAGUACAAUGUACGGCUGCUCAAGGACCUCUUUCAGCAUAAGGAUGCGAUAUUUGGCGAGCUUAAGCGGCAGUCCAGUCUAACGCAUACGAACUCUGGCUCUACGAGGCAAGCUCGUGCCAUCAGUACAGAUGAGUCGAGGCGCAAGGAACACAUGGAAGAACGACAGCGCGCUAUUGCUGCUGCACAACAUGGUCAGGCUCACGCUGGAGGUACCCGAAGCCGUGCCGCAAGCCCCUCAUCAGAGUCUUCAACAAGAGGUCCCGUUCCAGCCGUUCCAGCCGUUCCAGCCGUUCCAGCUCAUAGACGAGAUCGCAGCCGUGGACCAGAGACUAGAUUUCCUGUGAGCACGACUGCGGCUCAAACAUCGGAGAGACGUGUCACAUCGCCAACACAGUCAAGCACCUCGAGCCACCGUGACAGCCUUAGCGUACCGCAAAGCCCUCUAGGAGGCAGAGCUCCGCCGUCGUCGACCACAAGAGACACUACUGAUAGGACCAAUGGCUUCCACCAACCUCCCCCAUCGGACCUUACCGAUGAUCACACCCCAAAGGCACGAUCCUCUAUUGAUGAGGCAAAGCGCGCGUCCGGCCCAGCGCCAAGAAUCUCUGCCUCCAUCAAUGCCGCAGGAGACUUCGCGAACCACAAUCACUACUACGCAAAUAGCACAGACUCGAACUCCAACAUCACCAGCAGUUCCCGUCCGACCUCCGAAGCCUCCGUCCCAGGCAUCAAACCACCAACCUCCAAAUACCGCAUCACAAACCAAGACGAAGUCGACUCGUCAUCAGAAGCCACACCCACCGACUCCACACCGACCAAAACCGACAGCUUCACCCGUCGCACGGCCUAUGGUCGGAGAGGCACUGGUGGUUUGCAGAGACAGAGCCUAGUCAACAAGCACGACAGCGCAGAGCCCGAGCAGGAACAGAGUAAAGGCGUACAGCUUGAGGACAAACCGAUGGAUUUCGAUUAG